AUGGCCUCUGAAGGCUCGUCUUCGACCGCGCACCCCGCGCCAGAGGCUGCUUCUGACCACCUGUCCGUAAACCUGCAGGUGCUGUCGCCAUCGACUGCAGCGAACUCCAACCGGCCCUUGGUGUUUCCCGGCCUCGCCGCCACGACCACGGUCAAGCAGCUCAAGGAAAAAAUACGUCAAGCGUUACCUUUGAAACCGACCGAUUCUCAGCAGCGGCUGAUCUACCGCGGACGGGUCUUGCAGCCGGAUGGAGAGACCCUCCUGAGCGUUAUCGGCGAAGAAGUCAUUCGCACCACCGACCAGCAGACGAUUCAUCUCGUGCUUCGAGACGUUGCCGAGCCCCAGCGCUCCACGACCCCGACACCGGCAGCCGCUAGAGGCACGAGCCCGGCACCGCCAAACGCCCAUUUCCACCAUGCAUUUGGCCAGCCUCAUCACACGCAUCACCAUGGCAGCCAGCCUACAGCGGCAGCCUUCACGAGACGAACCCCAUUGCAUCCCGCAGCGAACAACCCCCUCCCCUUCGUGACGCCGUCCCAGAUACCCGCCAACCUGACGCCGCAGCAGCUCCAGCAGAUGCAGGCGCAACAGCACCAGAGCAUGGCGGCGUGGAUGAAUGGGCUGCAACGCGAGGCAAUGAAUAGGGCCAUGGCCAACCAGCAAAUCAACCAAAACCAGGCCAUGAGAGCCUCGAUGGGCAUGCAUGGUGCCGGCGACGCACCCGCCGCGGCUCCUAACCCUGUUGAGCCCACGCGUGGACGGGCCAGCCCGCUCAGCAACCUAGACGGGCAGAUGUACGUAAGGGAGGGCCUCAUGCCAAACGGCCAGCCGUACCGUGUGACGGUCAACGAAACCUUCCUUGGCGGAUCACUGAACGUCCACCAACCCGGCGGCCAGAGCACCACGACGGCCCUGUCGACUGCUGAUGUCCAGAACAUCCUCCGAGCAGCUGAUACCAACCAAGCAACUCUUGCCAUGACGAAUGCCAUGCAGAGGAGUGCCUCAAGCACCUCCCUUGCAAACGGCGGCUCCUCCGUGGGCGUCACGACCCCUUACUACCCGACACCCGGCUCUCGAGCCAGCAGCAGAAGACCCACGCCUGAUCCAACCGCGCGCUCGGUCAGUGGUGGCAGCGGGCACUCUGCAAAUGCUCAGCGACAAGCACAGUCUGGUCCGGAGGUGUACAUCCUAUCCUCGCCUCAGGGCCCUCGGGCCAUCCUGAUCAACAACGCCACGGACUCUUACUACACCCCUUCUGCUAGGAUGCCGUUGCACACCACUUCAGCUCUUCACCAGACGGCAUCGGCUCUAGCUAGAAUGAGAGCUCGUCCUCAGCACAUGGCCUGGCCGUCAGCUUUCAUGACGCCGCCAGCCCACCAAGAGGAGCAGCAGCUGGCCCAGCCCGCCGAGCCUCAAGGUCAGGUGCAGCCGCAGCCGGAAGCGCAGCCAUUGCUUCAGCCACAAGGACAACCGCCAGUGGCCGCUGUGCCUGCCCAUCCCAACAACCCAGGCAUCGCCCCGUUGAUUGCGCAAGUGUGGCCGCACUUCUGGCUUGUCGUCAGGCUUGCUCUGUUCGUGUGGUGGUUCACUUCGCCCAACGCCAGCUGGUCGAGAUGGUUCACUGUGGUAGCCAUUGCCGUUAGCAUCUUCGUCCUGAACACAGGUCUGCUCAACAACUACUUCGACCAGGCCGUGGGCCCGGUCAGACGUCAUAUGGAGAACCUGAUCCCCCUUGCUGCGCCGAACAACGGCAAUGAACCUGUCCGUCCCCGAGACGGCCAACCGGUGGUUGGACCCAACGGCCAACCGGAUCCGACGCGCGCUGCCGCCAGACUGGUGGCUCAGCGAAGACACGACAACGCGAACUGGCUGAUGGAUCAGGUGCGCCGGCUCGAGAGAGCUGGACUCCUUUUCCUUGCUAGUAUCGCUCCAGGCGUUGCCGAACGCCACAUCGCCCACCUCGAGGCGGAGGCACGCGCGGAGCGUCAGAGACGGGAGGAGGCGGAGGCUGCUACCGCGGCUGCCGCAGAGGCCACAGCAAACACUGAGAACACUGAACCCCAAAACAAUGACGAGACGAAUGAGGACGUAGGACGUAACGAACCCGAGAACGCAAUCGAGGCUCAUAGAGAGACUCAUGGAGGGGACCAGCGACAAGCAGAGGAACAGCAGCCCCUAUUGGCGUAG